AUGUCGCGCCAGCUCCGCAAUCGUACCCGUAUUGGGAAUGAGAACGAUGAGAAUAACAACGUUGGUUUGGUAGCUCGAGCCCGUGCUAAGGCAGUUGAACUGGAUUCUAAUAGCAAUGGUAUCAAUCGAUUGGAUAAGAAACCUCUUGGCAAUCUUUCAGCCAAUAAUAAUGUUAAUGGAAAUAUCGCAGUUGGUGGUGUUCAGGACAACGUCACGAGAAUGACGACUCGUCGUAGAGCGGCAUUGGGUGAUGUUAGUAAUGUCAGCAAAAAGACCGACCCAGCUGCUGCUGGUGCUGCUACCAAGGGUGGUCUCGGUAUCCGAGCAGGUUCUACUGUAACCAAUCCUACAAGGGCUUCUCUUUUGAGAUCCAGAAACAAUGGAGUCACUAGUAAUUCAUCAGCUACUGCUGCUGGUGUUGCGUCGACUACGGGUAAUAUCAACACUAAUGGAACAGCCAGACCCGGUUUAACCAAGACUGGUGCUGAUGGAGGUGUUGCUACAAGAACCGCUCUCCGCACUACAAGUUGGACUUCGGCGGGUGCUGGUACCGGUGCCGGUAACCAUGCCAGACACGCGUUGAACAAUGGCUUGAAUAAUUCCAAUAUCCACAGCAAUGGAGCCAGCAAUGGAGCCAGCAAUGCAGCAGCAUAUAGAUCUGCUUCAGUCGGAGCUGCGUCUAAUACUGUUGCCAAUACUGCUAGCAAUGCUGGUGAAGUCGACCAAAUCACCACCAAAAACAUUCACUUGCUCGACGAAUCGUCUAAUUCAAGAGCAUCCAAACGUCCCAAGACUAGUGCUAUGAGCGGUUUAGUAUCUUCUUCGUCUUCGUCUUUGUCAAAUGACAGUACUACUAACAGUUCGAGACUUGCUCGUAAUAACACCGACACAGCUGCUAGCACCAGUACCAGCACCAGCACCGGCUCGUCCACAAACACGUUGUCAUCUAGAAACCACUCGCGUCCUCUAGCAGAGAUCCCAUUGCUGGAGGUGCCAGUACCAUCGAGAAACUCCAUGGCUCGUCCUUCGGUGCUCGGAAAAGUAGCUCAAACUUCAACUUCUCGUUUAUCAGUUGCCUCGUCAGCCAGCUCAUCAAAACAAGAAUCGGAAACCAUCACUAGUACCCAUGGCACUGCUGAAGCCAGCUCUAAUUCUUUGGUAGCAACUACAACCACAAGUCCCGUACAAGACUGGGAUGAUCUGGAUGCUGAGGACUUUGACGACCCACUGAUGGUGUCGGAAUAUGUGGUUGAGAUCUUUGAGUUCUUGUACAAGAGCCAGUAUACAUACAUGCCCGACGCCGAUUACGUGCGAAACCAGACUUAUUUCACAUGGAGCAUGCGAGACAUUCUCGUUGACUGGCUAGGAGAAGUCCACACCCGGUUCAGACUGCUUCCAGAGACACUGUUCCUGGCAGUCAACAUCUUUGACCGAUACAUGUCAUCAGUGGAUGUGCCAGGAGACGAGAUUCAGACGAUUGGCAUUACAAGCAUGUUCAUAGCCGCGAAAUACGAGGAAGUGUUCACCCCGUCAGUGGCCAACUUUGCAUACAUGGUGGACAACUUGGCAGAAGAGGACAUUCUCGAGGCCGAGCGAGGCAUUCUGCGAGUGCUGGAGUUCCGCAAUUCAUACCCCAAUCCCAUGAACUUUCUCCGCCGCAUUUCGAAAGCCGACGACUACGACAUCAACACCCGUACCAUUGGUAAAUAUUUAUUAGAGAUCUCGCUUUUCGAGCACCGACUCCUGAAAUACACGCCUGCCGAACACUCUGCUGCCGCCAUGUUUCUGGCCCGUCGCAUGCUGAAACGGCCCUCAUGGGACGCCAACAUGAAACACUACUCCGGAGGCUACGACGAAGAGUCGCUAAAACCCAUUCUCGCCAUCAUCGUCGACUACCUCGUAUCCGCAGUCACCCACGAAGCAUUCUUCCGCAAAUACGCCCAUAAACGGUUCCUCAAAGCGUCCAUCAUCGCCCGCACAUGGGCCAAAGAAAACAGACUCCACUACCAACUCCCCUCCUCAUAA